AUGCUGAGGCCCGAACAUGAGGUAGAUUGCGACAAUACGCCGUAUUGGGACCCUUUGCUUAGGAUUGGUACGAAGAACUACAAGACCCUCGUCCGCCGGCUCGAUAAGGUCGGACUCCUCAGCUACACAACUUCGCCAAAAGAUCGUGCGGGUAUGUUCUUUGUCCGCAAGUCUGACGGAGUUCGACAAAGGCUUAUCAUCGACGGCCGGAGGGCAAAUACCAGGCUCGCCACUCCUCCUUCAGUCCGUUUGUGUUCGCCUGAGAGCUUCGCCAAGGCUGAGGUGACGUUCAACUAUGGCGACAGUCUCUACUUCCCCGGUCUCGAGGCCCUUGAGCUGAACAUCGGGUUGUCUGAUAUACGGGAUUGUUUCCAUCGACAGCCGCGGUGGCUGCAGGAAUACUUUUGCCUGGACCCGAUCCCGGCCUCGUCGGUCGGGCUGGCCGGGUAUGUGCUCGAUGGUCGCACCCUCAGUGGAGAUGACCUUGUGUAUCCCAUGCCGUCCUCCCUGCCCAUGGGCUGUUGUUGGAGCCUUUACUUUGCCCAGAUGAUCUCCGAUAAGCUCAUAGGCGAGGUCAGGGCCCUGGAGGCUUCAUCGUUGUUACGGGAUCGUUUUCCUCCUCUUGUCAUCGGCGCUCCCGGGCCAGGUGAUCGUGAUGAAAAGAGUGAUUGGGAUGUUAAUCUUUGUGGAAAGUGGGAGUUCGCUGAUGACAUCUUGGUGCUCGAGGGGCAUGAGGAGGACGAUGACACCUUCGAGAAGAUGUUUGAUCUCAUCUCUGAAGGACUUCACACCUGGGUUGAGAUCAUGACAGAUAUCCCGAGCCAGAUGUAUGAUUUGAUGAGCUGGAAGACUACAGAGCCAGAGAUGGACAGGCUCCUCCAGCACUUCUAUCCAGGAGGCCGACAAUCGGCCCCGGAUGCUGAUGAAACGGAAGAGACCUACGAAGAUGACCCAAGAUACCCUCUCACCUCUACAGCCAAAGAGGAGCCUGCAGAAGAUUUGGCGGCCCUCGGAGUCUACGAGACAGGGUUUGAGCCGGACCAAGCCGCUCCCCAGGAACCGGGCAGUGCCCAGAGCACGUUGGAAUCUGAGCCUCCGGCUUUCCAACCUUUUUCCUUUCAGGUUGUGCCAACCCGCCUGCAUUGGAAAACGGACGAGAAGCUGAGUAAGCGGUUAUCACGGGUACUUCGUCAUGACAAAGGUGAUUUUGGGGUCAGCUUUUACCCGAACAUGACGACGGCCCUGUCCGGGCUGAUCAAACUCCCGAUCUUCACUGAGGUGCGAGCCACUCAGGAGCAGCUCCUCUCAGUUGUCGACUUCAACGAGAAGCAACGCUUUCGCCUGUUAUGGGGACAUUCACUGCCGAUCGACAAUGAUCAGGUUCACGCAUGGGUCGACCCUGAGAAGGUCCCCGACAUGGUGCACGCUACGCACUACGACUUCUACAAGAAGAUUUUUGAUCAGGGCCUUUUGCCUGGAGGAGGAUCCUCUUCAUGGAGGCAACAGAUCCACCCCCUGGCCGACAACCCGGCCAAUGCAAAAUUCUUCCCCGCGAAGGCAGACAUCAUCCUUCACAUCGACAAAGCCUCCGCACAGGCCUGCACGUAUUUUCUAUCGGACAAUGGAUACUUUCUGACGGAAAACGCAGUGCCCUCAAAGUACAUUAGGGCGGUCACCAUAAGGGAGACCGGAGAAAGGGUCGAGGCGGAGAACGCCUCCCCUCCCACUCCUUCUCGGGUGCUGACUGCAUAUCUGCAGCCCCAGCUUCAGGGUGGCCUGAAAUCGGCCUACUCCGGAUCACAGCAUUCGCACAGGCGUGCCUACAUGGCGCAUGGGGAGGGAGGGAGCCUGCAAGAUUUGCACCCCCCAUCCGUCUCCUGCACCGUAGCGUUGCCACCUGUCAAGACCCCUCCGACAUCUUCAACAUCCUCCCACAACUCCCAAGGCCGGUAUCUCACCAGCAGAAUUCAGGUGUGCUUUGGCUCUGCCAAAAGUCGAGCUGGAAUCUUCAUCCGUGUGACGUGCUAUAUCACCUGUCUCAAGCCGGCCCCUACCCAUGACAUCUGCACUUAUGCCUACCUAGGGUGGAUCAUGUUUUCAGAUUCGGAGCCUGACUCAGACCUCAUCAUGGAUGAGACUCAUUCAUGGCUGGAAGAGACGGAUUCAGAAGAGCCUGCCCCGGACGCCAUGCUCGCUGUGGGAGACCGUGAUGCACGGCCCCACCAAUUGACCCAAUCAAGGACGUCCUGGCACUGGUCAACCGGCCGGCCCAGCCAGACGGAUGCGCAACAAGCAGGUGCACCAUCCCACCCAUAA